CUGUGGGUAUUUGCGAAAGCAAUCAGUGGGCUGUUCUUAUAUCAAAUCGGGUGAUUUGUGGGACUCAAGAAAAUUUUUGCCGCACAAGAAGUUUCUUUGUGAUCAAUUUUAUCUGAUUCAAAAUGUCUAAGACCAAGUCCGUUUCCAAGAAGGCAGCGAGAUCCGAGUCCGACUCUGACUCCGACAGCGAUGAGGACAUGAAGGAUGCCUCCAGCAGCGAGAGCGAGAGUGAGAGCGAGGAUGAGAAGCCUGCCAAGAAGGAGACCAAGAAGGCCUCCAAGAAGGAGGAAUCCAGCGACUCUGAGUCUUCCGAGUCUGAGGAUUCUGACUCUGAGUCCGAGUCCGAGAAGGAGGCCCCUAAGAAGGCUGAGAAGAAGGUUGAGUCCGAGUCCGAGUCCGACUCUGACUCUUCCUCUGAGGACGAGGCCCCCAAGAAGGCCACCAAGGAGUCCAGCGACAGCGACAGCGACUCUGACUCCGAGUCUGAGGACGAGAAGAAGGCUGAGAAGGAAUCUUCCGACUCUGACUCUUCCGACUCCGACUCCUCCGACUCUGAGUCUGAGGAGAGCGACGAGUCUCCCAAGGAGUCCAAGAAGCGCAAGGCCGAGGACGAGAGCGCCGCUACCCCCAAGAAGACCAAGGUCGAGGAGCCCGCUGAGGGUGCUUCUGCCAACCUCUUCGUCGGCAACCUGUCCUGGAACGUCGAUGAGGAGUGGCUCCAGCGCGAGUUCGAGGGCUUCGGUGAGCUCUCUGGCUGCCGCAUCAUGACUGAGCGUGAGACUGGCCGCUCUCGCGGUUUCGGUUACGUUGAGUUCACCAACGCUGCUGAUGCUGCUAAGGCCUACGAGGCCAAGAAGGGCGCUGAGAUCGAUGGCCGUACCAUCAACCUCGACUAUGCCACCGGCCGUCCCGCCAACAACCAGGGUGCUCCCCGCGACCGUGCCGAGAACCGUGCCCGCAACUUCGGCGACCAGGCCAGCCCCGAGAGCGACACCCUGUUCAUUGGUAACCUUCCCUUCAGUGCCAGCGAGGACUCCGUUGGUGAGCUCUUCGGCGCUUCGGGUACCAUUGUCGGCAUCCGUCUGCCCACCGACGCCGAGUCUGGCCGCCCCAAGGGCUUCGGUUACGUUCAGUUCUCUUCCGUUGACGAGGCUCGCGCGGCCUACAACGAGCUCAACGGAGCCGAGCUUGAGGGUCGUCCCGUCCGUCUGGACUUCAGCACUCCCCGUCAGAACAACAACGGCGGUGGCCGUGGUGGUGGUCGUGGCGGUUUUGGUGGCCGCGGCGGCGGUGGUGGCUUCGGUGGCCGUGGCGGCGGUGGCCGUGGUGGUGGUCGCGGUGGCCGUGGCGGCUUCGGCGGUCGCGGAGGUGGUGCCGGUGGCUUCAACAAGGGCAAGGGCUCUAUCCCCGAGUACAAGGGAACUAAGGUUACCUUCUAAAUGCUUGCGUAGGUGUAUCUUUGUCAAGCCUUGACCGGGUAUUGUCUGGGCUUUUUUUU